UUCGUAGCGGAAAAUGAUGUUAUAGAAGUCGAUGUUGCGCAAGGAAUACAGCCACUUCAAAACAUACCCCCGGAGGUUAACUCUGCUAGACGACAGUCAAAACCAAAAUCAUCCGGAGAUAUGGAGAUCCACCCAGCCCCUUCAUCACUGCAGAAAGAUAAGAAACACGAAUCAGAGUCAGCAGGAUUAGCGACGGCGGACGAAAACACCAGUACGCCAAGUGCUGAAGCAGCGCAAGCCAACCAAGUGCGACUAAGUGGAGAAAUCAAGUCACUUCUCGAACGACAACAUUCACAUCCAGGACCCUCGCCAGUGGAACAACGGGCAAAAGGAAGGUGGAGAAAGGACAAAAAACUCGGACGGGCCCCAUCGUACACAUCAAACUCAUCUGCGUCUGUCUCAUUCCGUCAACACCCAAGUAUGGACACAGCCAACUCAGGCCCAUUAGCAAGCUUGAUAGAAGCGGACGCACCUGCACCAAGUCAACAAGUCACAUACGAGAUGCCAGAUGCUCAGGAAUAUCGUGCGAAGAUGAGCAAGAAGAUGGGCACGCGACUCAUGGAUGAUAGUAUCGGUACACGAGUCGAGAGCCCUGGGCUGGUCCGUGAUGUUGAUGCAAACGGUGGUACUGGUGUUGGUGGUCGAGUGCGUGGACGGCAGCGAUCCGCGAAGAAUACAAUAUGA